GAAACUAAAUAGUCUCCAUAUGUGAGUAAGAGAAGCCAUGAAAAUUCCUUUCCUUUUCUCUUUUCCCACUGGCAUGUGUCUCCUUCUAAUUCCUGGAGUUUUUCCAGUAUCCUGUGAGGGAAUUAUAAGAGGAAAAGAAGUACCACCUCACACAAGACGCUACAUGGCUCUAAUCGAAGGGCUGAAAGUCUGUGCAGGGGCUUUGAUCAAAGAAAACUGGGUGUUGACAGCUGCUCACUGUGACCUGAAAGGCAAUCCUCGAGUUAUUCUUGGGGCCCACUCUACCUCCCAUAAAGAGAAAUAUGACCAAGUAUUUUCCAUUAAAAAGGCAAUUCCCCAUCCAUGCUUCAAUCCACAGACAUUUGAAGAGGAUCUUCAACUCCUUCAGCUGGAUGGUAAAGCAACUAUGACCAAAGCUGUAGGAAUACUUCGGCUACCGAAAACAGGAGACGAUGUCAAACCCCACACCAAGUGUCAUGUGGCAGGAUGGGGAAGCACCAAAAAAGACGCGUGCAAAAUUUCAAGUGCCUUGAGAGAAGCCAACAUUACUGUGAUAGAUAGGAAAAUAUGCAAUGAUGCCCAGCACUAUAAUUUUAAUCCAGUUAUUGAUCUCAGUAUGAUCUGUGCUGGUGGUAGAAAAGGUGAAGAUGAUUCAUGUGAAGGGGAUUCUGGAAGUCCUCUGAUAUGUGAUAACGUUUUCAGAGGUGUCACUUCCUUUGGGAAGUGUGGUAACCCCCAGAAACCUGGCAUCUACAUUCUCCUUACCAAAAAAUACCUCAACUGGAUAAAGAAAACCAUUGCAGGAGCAAUAUAACAUUUCUUCUUCAAAGUAGAAAAUUGAGGUAACCAAGUAAAGGGUGUUUUAACUUGACCUAUCUGAAGAAACACCUCACAACCCUCUUAACCUCGUGUACAAAUGACAGUCUGUCUGAAAUAAAAUUAGCAAUGAAAGAAAUAACCUCCUGCCUUCACUCUUCCACGACUAGUGAAGACUGAUUCAUCACAUGUUCUCUAUCCAUGGCAAGAGAUGUCCCUAGAGAAAAAGUUCCCCAGUUCAGUGAUUCUCUGUUUUAUUCAGAAUUUGAGGAUUGUCACUUUUGUGUUCAUCCAUAAAAGGAAGUCAGUCUCAGGGAAAUUUAGAAUAUUCUUCUUUCUUCCAAGUGAAACUACAAAAUAUUUGUGGCCUUAGGAAUUUAGAGCCUGAUAUUCUAUUCCAUGUUGGAAUAAAGACAGAGAUAAAGAGGGAUUUUUCACUUCCUACUCUAUGCUUCUGUAUAGUUUAACUUUUUACAAAAAUUCUAAUUAUAAAUACAGUGGGAAAGAUGCAAUGUGUGUUUUAGAUAGUUGGAAAAUUUGGAAUUUGAGGUUAGAGAUAGUUCAGGACAAUUGCAUCAUUUAUUAAUUACAAGUAGACUAAAAUUUCAUAGACCAAUAGGCCACAGUCCAGCCAGUAUCUUGAUAUGUAUUUUGCCUUAGCUAAUCAAUUUAUACAUGCAAGCACUAAGCUUCAUUCUAUGUUAUUCUUUUUGGGGGGGAGUAUAAUUGCUUUACAAUGUUGUGUUAGUUUCUGCUGUACAACAAAGUGAAUCAGCUGUAUGUAUACAUAUAUUCCCUCCUUCUUGAGCCUCCCUCCCACCACCCGCAUCCCACCCAUCUCAGUCAUCACAGAGUGCCAAGCUGAGCUCCCUGUGCUAUGAGGCUGCUUCCCACUAGCUAUCUAUUUACACAUGGCAGGGUAUAUAUGUCCAUGCCACUCUCUCACUUUGUCCCAGCUUACCCUUCCCCACUAUGUCCACAUGUCUGUUCUCUACGUCUGCAUCUAGUUCUAUGUUAUUAAUAGAUUGUGAUAUGUAAUAAA